AUGGUUGCACUAUCGCUCCUCUUCCUGUCCUGGCCCAUCUAUCGAUACUCACCUUACCCACUUAUCCCACUUGUUUGCAUUCCACUCGUCAAAAGGUCCUUUUUGGCGAGUCUAGGGUGGUGUCAUCCCACCUGCUGUUCACCUUGUUCCCCUCUCUUUCGAUUGGCUAAUCCGACCAUGGCCUCCAAUCCGCAUCUCCCUCGUGGUACCGUAGAUCCGUUUCGCUACUUUCUGGUUGACCGAUUUCACUCGGUUCCAGUCCCAAUGUACGUGUUCCUCCCGGCGCUAUUUCUCAAGCCACUAGAAGCACGUACACUGUCGCUGCACUAA